AUGUCGAUUAAAUCAAACCCGCGACCUUCGUCUCCGCGGCGAUUUUUCGCGCGAAUUUACGGUCACCUUGAAACUAAAGCCACUGAUAGCGAUACUAAUAGUAAUAGAAAUAGUGAGAGUAAAAUUGUGAAUAAAAGUGAAGUAAAUUCGGAGGACUCGAUUGCUAAGAGUUUUGCGGGUACAGAAUCGCGGGUGCUCCUCAAGCGGUUCGCGGGUGUCAGAGAUAAGAGGGUUGAAGAUAAAGAUGAUGAUAAUAAUGAGAAUGAAAAUAAAGAUAAAGAUAGAACUAAUGGUGAAGUUAAGAAAGAGUUAACUAAUGAAGUUGUUGGUGGUGAAGGUGAUAAUAAUUAUUCUCGGACCUUCUUGCCCCAAUUAUUCGCCGGAAGUGCGACGCAUCUUCAUCACCUGGCUCAUGCUGGACAUCCGGUAACUUCUAUGCCGUCGCAUCUUCACAAUCUCGCGGGACAUCCGGCAGAUUCGCACUUUCAUGGAUUCUCUGCUUUUCUUGCAAGAAGAAGAAGAAAAGAAGGAAGACCAAGAAGACAACGCACGACAUUCAGUGGAGAACAAACAGCAAGACUAGAACUGGAGUAUCAUCGGGGUGAAUACAUAUCACGAAGCAGAAGGUUCGAAUUAGCUUCAGCGUUAAGACUCACUGAAACACAGAUAAAAAUAUGGUUCCAAAAUCGUCGCGCCAAGGACAAAAGAAUCGAAAAGGCGCAGUUGGACCAACAAUAUCGAAACUUGGCGGUGUCCAAUGCGCUAGCGAAUUUUCCAGUUUACAGCAAUUUUUGCGGGCUCUGCUUCUACAAGGAUCCAAACCGCGAAUUAACACCACACGUGUGUAUUUCUUCUUAUCGGCCAGAUAUCAUGAUUAAAUCUUUGGAAGAUAAAAACCAGCCAUGCGGCAGCAGUAGCAGCAGUGAAAUCUCAGAAAAUCCUCCGAUCGCCAUUUCUCCAAUUUAA